GCGGGCGGACGGCGUGAAGCGGGCGGGGGGCAGCGCGUCCUGCCCUCCCUCCCUUUUUCUCUCUUUCCCUCCAUCCCUCCAUCCCUGUCUCCUCCACCCCGGCCGGGGGAGCGAGGUGCGGAGCGCGUCUUGGCGGGGGCUGCGAGCCGGGGAUGAUGCUGGGGGAGCUGCGCCUCGGCACCGCUUUCUCCUCGCCCUCAAUGGAGCCCGCACUUUCUCUACAAUGACUUUCCCCGAGCUGAGCAAUGGCAGCUUGAGUGAGAACCGGACGGGACAAGGCGGCCAGAGCGCUGCCAACCGGUCCUGGGGGCUGCAAGGGGAGGAGACCCCCGAGGGCAACGGCACCACGCUGACUUUCGCCUUGGACGUGCAGGCGGUGGGAGUCGGGGUGUUCCUGGCCGUCUUCAUCCUCUCGGCCAUCGUGGGGAACAUCCUGGUCAUCCUCUCGGUGGCUUGCAACCGGCACCUGCAGACUGUCACCAACUACUUCAUCGUCAACCUGGCCAUUGCCGACCUGCUGCUCAGCACCACCGUGCUGCCCUUCUCGGCCACCCUGGAGGUGUUGGGCUUCUGGGUGUUUGGGCGAAUCUUCUGCAACAUCUGGGCAGCGGUGGAUGUGCUCUGCUGCUCUGCCUCCAUCAUGAGCCUGUGCAUCAUCUCCGUGGACAGGUACAUCGGCGUCAAGUACUCCCUCAAGUACCCCACCAUCAUGACGGAGAGGAAGGCGGGAGUCAUCCUCGUGGUGGUCUGGCUCUCCUCCAUGGUCAUCUCCAUCGGGCCGCUGCUGGGCUGGAAGGAGCCGCCGCCGCCGGACGACAGCAUCUGCAGCAUCACGGAGGAGCCGGGCUAUGCCCUCUUCUCCUCCCUCUUCUCCUUCUACCUGCCCCUCAUGGUCAUCCUGGUGAUGUACUUCAGGAUUUACGUGGUGGCCAGGCGGACCACCCGGAGCCUGGAGGCAGGGGUCAAGAAGGAGAGGAACAAGUCCAUGGAGGUGGUGCUGCGCAUCCACUGCCGCAGCGUGCUGGAGGAGCCCCUCUCCAGCACCCGCAGCAAGGGACACAACUUCAGGAGCUCCCUCUCCGUGAGGCUCCUCAAGUUCUCCCGGGAGAAAAAAGCAGCCAAGACUCUCGCCAUCGUCGUGGGUGUCUUCAUCCUCUGCUGGUUCCCCUUCUUCUUCAUCCUGCCCUUUGGCUCUUUCUUCCCGUCCCUGAAGCCCUCAGAAAUCGUCUUCAAGAUCAUCUUCUGGCUGGGAUACUUCAACAGCUGCGUGAACCCCAUCAUCUACCCGUGCUCCAGCAAGGAGUUCAAGCGCGCGUUCAUCCGGCUGCUCAAGUGCCAGUGCCGCCGGCGGCGCCGGCCCAUCUGGAGGGUCUACGACCACCACUGGAGAGGGGCCUCCAUCAACAGCUCAGUGCAGGACUCAGAGACUGACCUACGGCCCAGGAUUAACACCCUGAACAGCUCCUUCAUAUUUAACUCCUCCUUCCAGGAGAGGGGCAGUAAGAGGCGAACACUCAGCUUCAAGGGCUGGAAGAUGCUGACGCCUUUCCAGAAGCCGGCGUCCACCCAGCUGAAGGAGAAGAUGAACAGCCUUUCCAACAAAAUCCGGGGGGGAUCCAGCAAAGGGGUGGCCACAGCCACCUACAAGACAGAGGUGGAGUCUGUCUCGAUUGGGAUCCCUCAUGAUUUCACGGAAACCAUCGACUACCAAACCCAUGACUUAACAGACUGCUGUGGGCUGAGAGAAACAGAUAUUUGAGGCCUCUGGGGCAGCUGUCAAUGGUUUCUUUAGAGGUAUCCAGAAGAAACAUGGAGGGAUACCACCUGUGGGUCUUUCAGGCAGGCUGGAAGCAGCAGUCAGGUAUUAAAUGCAGUUGCCCAAAGGUUGUCCAAGCGUCCCCCACGUGGAGCUCAGCCCCUUCUGUGCGGUUGUGGGUUCCUCAAAUUAGAGCCAAUGGCAUAUCCCAUUCUAACAAGCCACAGCAGGAGGAGAAGGUGUGGAUAUGACCUUAGGGCAAGAGCUGUCUCCUCUGGUGGAUGGCUGUCUUUGGCUUUGGAAGAAGCUGUGCAAUUAAGGGAAACCAGGAUGUCUCCUUUGCCUUAAAAACACCACAGUGAAACCUAAUGGAAAGGUUGAAUCCCAAAAGUUGCCAACCCUGCCUUAGUACAUGUGGUCAUGUCUCCAUCCAGAGGCAGCAGCCAGGAAGGGCCCUGCCAAGCAGGAGCUGGCAGCUGAUCCUUUAUGUGGGUGGGUUGGGAUCCUGGAGGUCCUGAAUGGGACAUCCACAUGAGGCCUUGGCUUUGGAGGGAGAGCAGACUGGGGUAUUCCCAAGCAAGGUGGAGGGAUCCCAGCUCUCAGUCAUCAUCUCUGCAGUGGCCACAGCUUUGGCCCUCCCACAUCACCUGGUUUUAGGCCAGAGGAGUAUUCCAGAUGUGUGCACUGUUGCCAGGAGGUGUGCAGGUCUCUCUCCUCUAAUUCCAUCCUGUGAAGCAUUUUGCAUUUCACACUUGCAACCCACCUUGCUUUAGUGGACAUCCAUCUGUGACACACAGAGAAACCAGCUCCUUUUGGUGUCAGUCACCCCCAAACCUCCCUGUCCCCUUCUUUGCUCUCGUUGUUUUUCUCAAAAAAAGCAGGAUUAAAAAAUGCAUCCCAGAGGCUUCACUCAGGACAACAGAAAACAGCCUCAGGUUGUGCCAGGGAAGAUUUAGGCAGGAUAUUAUGAAGAAUUUCUUCACUCAAAGGGUGGCCAGACACUGGACCAGGCUUCUCAGGGCAGCGGUGGAGUCACCAUCCCUGGAAGCGUUAAAAAGACUGCAAAUAUGGCCCUGGAGGAGGUGGUUUGAUGGUGAAUGGAUGGUGCUGGGUUGAUGGUUGGAUUCCAAGAGGUCUUUUCCAACCAUAAUGAUUCUGUGAUUCUGUAACGAGGGUCCUCAGCCAGCCCGUGCUGUGGCUCAGGAAAGGUGGGAUGGCUGAGUUGGGAAAUUUGCAUUUCCUCUGCCCAUAGAGUCCGAGGUGAAGUGGAGCUGAGGUGCAGCUGGAGCUCCCUAAAGGAGAGGGAUCCUCUCCCCAGUCAGGGUCACACUCAUGAUCCUUCUCCCAAGGGAAUUCCCACAUGCUUGAUACAUCCAACUUUUGGUAGCUGCCAACAAUUGCCUUG